CAGAACAGUUUGUCAGAUUGAGGUCUGGACAACCUUUGGGUUUUUGCCUGUUCGCACUAUCCCAUCAUUUUCUGGUGUAGUUAGCUGCGGACGAGGUAUACCCUUACAAACUGGGUGAUUACAUUGUUAUCGCCGACAAGAAGGUAGCAGAAUGCUCGCUUUGCUAAGGGUUAGGUUAGCAAGACAUACCUCGUUGAGGCAAUAAGACUCUUAACCGUUCGCAUCCCAUCACCAUGGGCUACUCACUUAUACGUGUAGCUGCUUAAGAGAAAUAGCUAACAUAAUGAAUAUCUUCGUUUAGGCGCUAGCAAGACAUAGCCCGUAUAAGCAAUCAGUAGUCUUAAUCGUUCGCACACCAUACCAAAAAGCUUCGCUCUAGUGACUAGACGUACCUGCCCCUAACAGGGCCAGGCCAGUUUCCUUACAUGGAAUUGGAUAAGUGGUAAUAGGCGGAUUGCGUACCAUAAGCAAAUGAAAUGGGAGGGUCCGGGGAAGUUCCCAUAUCCAGCUAAACCGGGAUCGAAACUUAUUAAGCGGAAGUCGGUUGCCAAGGUCCUUCUACAGCUUAAUCCGCAGGCGAAGGAGCAGCAGAAAGAGCUUUUGCGUCAGCAGGUCUCAAGGGAGACUAGCUCUACAGAGCCUUACUGCUUGCUGCUUGGGAUACUGUCCCAUAAAUGGGAAUACGAUCGAAGAGGGUCUCUGCCAACCAGUGAGGAAGCUGUUAGGAGCCGAGAGAAGGCGAAAGAGCAGAUAGUCAAGCCUGCCCUCGCUGCAACCCCCGUCGAAAAAGGAAAUCAGUGGCAUUCUAACACUACAGAGGUUAGCGGUUACCAAAGAUGGUUUGAAUCAGUUAAUAGCUACACUUAUACCGAUCUGAGGGUUUUCCUCUUGUCACCUGUUCGGGACACUACUCCUACGGGAGAUGGUGACUUACCAGCAGCGGUCAAUUUCCAUGAGGUAUCUGAGCGGGUUCACUGGUUUUCAAAUGAGUCUUUUUUGAACCUUUUUCCCAACCCUUUCACGCCUAAACAACGGGUUGGGCCUCACGGGUGGACUUGCCCGGGCCAUUGGGUGCCUGGUGCGAGCACUAUUCAGUGCCGCCGAUGGGGGGCUCUCCAUCGGGAGCAGCAUGAUUCCUCACGGAUCCACCAGCACGGGGUUGUUUACUUAUACAACCGAUAUGUUGGUACAACCGAUAUGUUGGAGGAUUCUGGCUCAGAAGGAAGUACCUCAACGGUCAAUCAGCCGCUUCCGGGGGAACAAGCUGCUCUUCCUGUUAUGCAGGAAGCAGCUGCUAAUCAAGCAGCCCCAGUCCCCUAUCCCUAUCCCCAUAAUGAAUUGAUAGGGGGGGAUUGUGUGGAAUCCAUCCAGCGGAGGCUUUUGGGUGGAUCCCCCUUUCCCUCCGCCCAUGCCAUUCAAAUGGCCCGGAUUGACGCCGAAGACCUCUUCGAGGCCAAGGUAGAUAUCUGUCGGGUCAUGGCGGGUCUUCACCCAGAUGGGGAUUGGAUGGGACGGGGUGCCUGGGCGCUCGCGAAUCCUCGUACCUUAACGGGCGAGGAUUCCCUGGAGAACCUAUUGCGACUAAGGGAUGGAGUUGUGAGCGGGGACGCCACAACAGUAACUGCUUUAAAGCAGCGUAUUCGGGGAAUCCUCCUUAAUAGACGAAAUAUUCCUAUUAUGUCAAUGCCAAUUGAAUCAAUGUUAUUAGCUGUGAAUUCGAACUUUUUGGUAUUUUCUGUUUCUUCGGAUGAUAUGAUGGGUCAAUCAUUUGCUUCAUUGGUUCCAACGGUGGCAGCUGCGGAAUCUGCUAUUGGGUUAGCUAUUUUCGUUAUUACUUUCCGAGUCCGAGGGACUAUUGCUGUAGAAUCUAUUAAUAGCAUUCAAGGAUCCACCUUUGGUACCGAGAACAAGCUUGGCAGCCUUGGUGCGCUCCCCAGUUAUAUUCCUGUGGAUGAUAGCAAGCAAGGAAGAGCGAAGCUCUUCUCCCUUUCUUCAGUUGGUUCGGGACGCAUUACGAUAGCUAGGCCGGGUGGGAUUAUCUAUCGGAUGGAAGUGGAUCCUUUGCCCCUGACCUAUGAAGUUGAGGGUGUUCUUGCGGAUCCAAGCGAUGGAACCAAGAAGGAAUGUGAGGCACGGCUGAAAUUUUGCCUCAUUGAUACUGCAGGAAUAAGGAAAAAGGGAGCUGUGGCUUCAUCUGGAAGCAUAACAGAAGCUUUAUCAGUAAAUCAAGCAUUUCGUGCAAUUCGGCGUGCAGAUGUUGUGGCUCUUGUAAUUGAGGCUAUGGCUUGCAUAACUGAGCAGGAUUGGAAGAUUGCAGAGAGGAUUGAGAAGGAAGGAAAAGGUUGCGUCAUUGUUGUGAAUAAGUGGGACACAAUUCCCAACAAAAACCAGUCCACUGCAACCUACUAUGAGCAAGAUGUUAGGGAGAAGCUUCGUCUUCUUGGUUGGGCACCAAUUGUAUAUUCAACAGCAAUAGGAGAGCAUAGUGUCGAUAAAAUCAUUUCUACUGCUAACAUCGUUGAAAAAGAAAGAUCAAGAAGAUUAACCACGUCAAUAUUGAAUCAAGUAAUAUGGGAAGCCGUGGCCCUCAAAUCACCUCCAAGGACCCGAGGUGGGAAGAGGGGUCGUGUAUAUUAUUGCACUCAGGCUGCUAUUAGGCCACCUACGUUUGUCUUCUUCGUGAAUGAUGCAAAACUUUUCCCUGAGACAUACCGACGGUACAUGGAAAAGCAGCUGAGAUCAAAUGCCGGGUUCUCAGGCACACCUAUUCGGCUUCUCUGGCGCAGCAGAAGGAAAACUAAAGGUUGAUAGUUCGUAUAAACACCCAACAGGUGUUUGUGGGGAUCUAACUUCAUCAUCCUCGCAUAUUCAUAGGAGGCCAUAAUAGAAUGAAUUCCUAGUCAUGUCUUUUAGUGUUUUUGUGUACCAAAAGGCAUAAAUGGCGUUCUUGUGUACUGUAGAGUAGAACACUGUGUUUGAGAAAAUGCAGGGUAAGUAAAAUUCUUAACAUUGAGCUACCCUGUACUGUGUUUGAGGAAGGGCAUGCAAGAGUUCUUAUGGAACUAUAUAAAUUAUAUGCGCCCAGUUGAAAAUAGAUUUGAAUCUCACCU